AUGGCGACCGCACGACGGAAACAGGCGUCUAAACAGACGGAUACGAACUGGGACACCGAGUACAAUACUCUCCGCCGGGAGAACCUCUUCCGCAACCCGCCGACCGACCACACUGCCUAUCCCAUGCUCCAGCUGGCCGUCGAUCCUCACAUCGAGUCUUUCAACGCCAUCUUCCCCGACGGCGAUGGGCACAGCGGCUUGCCCAAGAAGGGCCUCAUUGCACACAGCAUUGCCGACAUCGGCACCAAGGUGUUCCUCGACGGCGACGACUCGAUGCUCCCCGAGGAGCGCAACCGGAUUUCCAUCCGUUACAAGGACGUUUCGCUGCAGCGCUGCUACGUGCCGCCGAGCAACAAGUUUGCCAGGGUCCGCGAGAUUUUCCCGGCUGAGUGCAGAGAGCGCCAUGUUUCGUACCGCGGCCGCCUCACAGCGACCCUCGAGUACCAAAUCAACAACAGCGAGCCGCAGGAGAUUGUGCGCGAAUUCGGCCAGGUGCCUCUCAUGGUCAAGUCGAACCGCUGCCACCUGGAGGGCAUGUCCCCCGCGGCCCUGGUCGACCACAAGGAGGAGUCGGAGGAGCUUGGAGGUUACUUUAUCGUGAACGGCCUCGAGAAGAUUAUUCGUCUGCUGCAGGUCACCCGCCGCAACUUUCCCCAUGCCAUCAACCGGCCCAGCUUUCAGAACCGUGGCGCUUCAUACACACCAUUUGGUAUCAUCAUGCGCUCUGUGCGCCCCGACGAAACCUCCCAGACCAACGUCCUGCACUACCUCAAGGACGGUAACAUCACCUUCCGCUUCUCGUGGCGCAAGAACGAGUAUCUCGUGCCCGUCAUGAUGAUCCUCAAGGCCCUGGUGGAGACCAACGACCGUGCCAUCUUCGAGGCCAUUGUCGGCUCGGCUGGCUCCAAGGGCCUCGAGAACACCUUCUUGACCGACCGUGUCGAGCUGCUGCUGCGCACCUACGAGCACUACAACCUGUACACCAAGUCCGCCACGCGCGCCUAUCUGGGCGAAAAGUUUCGCAUUGUCCUGGGAGUGCCGAGCACCAUGUCCAACUACGACGUCGGCACCGAGUUCCUGCGCAAGAUUGUGCUCGUGCACCUCGGCAAUGUCAACGUCACCGAGGCGCAGGAUGCCGACAAGUUCCGCUCGCUGAUCUUCAUGGUCCGCAAGCUGUACGCCCUCGUGGCUGGCGACUGUGCCGUCGACAACCCCGAUGCAGUCCAGAACCAGGAGAUCCUGCUGGGUAGCUUCCUGUAUAGCCAGAUCCUCAAGGAGAAGCUCGAUGAGUUCCUGUCCGUAAACCUCCGUGAGUCUCUACGCUUUUACUGGCGACGGGCACCGGCAAACAACCUGCUCUCGGAGGGCUUCGCAAGGGACUUCCCUGCCAAUAUCUUCCGCCGUGCCAACGAAAAUCUCGGCAACUCCCUCGAAUACUUCUUGUCCACCGGCAACCUGCAGAGUCCGUCUGGUCUGGACCUGCAGCAAACCUCAGGUUUCACUGUCAUUGCUGAAAAGCUCAACUUUCUGCGUUUCAUCAGCCACUUCCGCAUGGUUCAUCGUGGUAGUUUCUUCGCUCAGCUCAAGACCACCACUGUGCGUAAGCUGCUGCCGGAGUCAUGGGGUUUCCUGUGCCCCGUGCACACCCCCGAUGGCUCACCCUGCGGGCUACUGAACCAUCUGGCACACAAGUGCAAGAUCAUGACUAAAGCCGUCGACGCCUCGGCGGUGCCGCGGCUCGCCGCCGAGCUGGGCGUGGUCGAGACAUCGUCUGCCGCCACGGACGAGAGCGUUGUCGUCAUGCUGGACGGCAAGGUCCUUGGCUGGUGCUCGCCCAAGGAGGCCAAGCGCCUGGCCGACACCAUCCGCUACUGGAAGGUCCAGGGCAAGAACAACGUGCCAGUCGAGCUCGAGAUCGGCUAUGUCCCGCAGUCCAACUCUGGCUCGUAUCCAGGGGUCUACAUGUCCUCGACUCCGUCUCGCAUGGUACGACCCGUCAAGUACCUGCCCACCGACCAGGACGACUUUGUCGGCCCGCACGAACAGGUGUACAUGUCGAUUGCCGUCACCGAGCCCGAGAUCAUCUCUGGCAAGACUACACAUGUCGAACUGCACCCGACCAACAUGCUCUCCAUCCUCGCCAACAUGACGCCCUUCUCCGACUUCAACCAGUCCCCCAGAAACAUGUACCAGUGCCAGAUGGGUAAGCAAACGAUGGGCACGCCUGGCACGGCCCUCCGCUACCGCACAGACAACAAGACCUACCGCAUCCAAACGGGCCAGACACCCGUCGUGCGCGCACCGCUCCACAACGCAUACGGAUUCGACAACUUCCCGAACGGCGCGAACGCGGUCGUCGCUGUCAUCUCGUACACGGGCUACGACAUGGACGACGGUAUGAUUAUCAACAAGUCGGCGCUCGACCGCGGCUUCGGCUACGGCUCCAUUUACAAGACCAAAAAGAUUACCCUCAAGGAGGAUACCAGGACUCGCACCGCUAAGCACGUGACGAAGAUGUUUGGUUUUGCCCCCGGCGCCUUUGUGAGCGGCCAGUCGCGUGCCAUGCUCGACGACGACGGCCUGCCGUACGUCGGGCUCAAGGUCAAGGAGGGCGAUGCGCUGUGCGCCUGGCACACAGUGUCGGCCGAUUACAGCGGUGCGCUCGUCAACCGCGACGGCCAGACCCACUUCGAGAAGUACAAAGACAGCGAAGAGGCCUACGUCGAGGAGGUACGUAUUAUUGGCAACGAGAACGGCAACGAGCCGAACCAGACCAUCUCCAUCAAGCUGCGCGUACCCCGCCUGCCCAUCAUCGGCGACAAGUUCUCGUCGCGUCACGGACAAAAGGGUGUCAUGUCGCAAAAGUGGCCAUCCAUCGAUAUGCCCUUCUCCGAGUCCGGCAUCCAGCCCGACGUCAUCAUCAAUCCCCACGCUUUCCCGUCGCGCAUGACCAUUGGCAUGUUUAUCGAGUCGCUGGCCGGCAAGGCGGGUGCACUGCAUGGCCUGGCCCAGGACUCGACGCCGUUCCAGUUCGACGAGGAGAACACGGCAGGCGACUACUUUGGCCACCAGUUGAUGAAGGCUGGCUUCAACUACCACGGCAACGAGCCGAUGUACUCGGGCAUUACGGGUGAGGAGCUCGCCGCCGACAUUUACGUGGGUGUUGUCUACUAUCAGCGUCUGCGCCACAUGGUCAACGACAAGUACCAGGUGCGUACCACGGGUCCUGUCGUUGCGACCACCGGCCAGCCUAUCAAGGGUCGUAAGCGUGGUGGUGGUAUCCGAGUCGGUGAGAUGGAACGUGAUGCGCUGUUGGCGCACGGCACGGCCUUUUUGCUGCAGGACCGCCUGCUCAACUGCUCCGACUACUCGCGCACAUGGAUCUGCCGCACGUGCGGCUCGUUCUUGUCGGUGCAGCCGACCGUAUCGCCGUUUGUCGGCAAGCGCAAGGCCAUCAACACGGUGCGCUGUCGCCGCUGCGCGUCGCGUGUCGAGGAUCUCGAGGAGCUGGUCGAGGUCGCCCGUAAGAGCGGCGCCGAUGGCAAGCCCACCAAGGAGACGCUGGCGCUGAUGGACCGCCUGGCGCGCGAGGAGAUCUGGGAGGACGGACACGGCGUGCAAUGGGUGGGCGGCACCGAUACCACGCAAGUAGUUGUGCCCGGCGCGCUGAAGUACCUGGACGUGGAGCUUGCAGCCAUGGGCGUGAAGCUCAAGUACCGCGUCGAUCCGAAGGAUGCGCCGCGUCGCGGUCCUCUGCGGCCUGCCCAGUGGGACGGCACGCAGCUGCAGGAGUUGACAGCGGCUGCCUCUGGUCAGUAA